AUAUAUAUAUAUAUCCUCAUAGAUACUCCUAAAUACUCAUAAAAACCUAUCCCUAUCGUCUUCCAUCACCUCAAUUUUCCCGUGUUCCCGGAUCGUCAGGGUCUCGCUGCGAGUGUCCGGUCUUCGGCGGUCGAGAGCCCAACGCGCCGGUCGAUUUCCGUCAUAGCUUCUUGAACCCCGCCCGCCGCGCAGAAGUUGGGAAGGACUACUUUAGUAGCUCCUCUCGUGUAAGAGGACACAAUUUACAGAACCAGUUUAAUCACAUCCGUCGAUUCACCAUGUCUGAGGGGGACGUUAUGCCACCGAAGCCCGCCGUGGUGCUCGAGGCUCACGAUGUCGACACUUUCCAUGUUCCCAAGGCAUUCUACGACAAGCACCCCAGCCGGCCUCAUCUGAAGGAUCUCGAUGAAUACAAGAAGCUGUACGAGGAGUCCAUCCGGGAUCCCGACACCUUCUGGGCCCGGAUGGCCCGCGAACUCCUGAGCUGGGACCGCGAUUUCCAGACCACCCACACUGGCUCCUUUGCCAACGGCGACAACGCCUGGUUCGUCGAGGGCCGGCUGAACGCCUCGUUCAACUGCGUCGACCGUCACGCUCUCGCCGACCCCAACAAGGUCGCCAUCAUCUACGAGGCCGACGAGCCCAACGAGGGCCGCAACAUCACCUAUGGCGAGCUCCUGCGGGAGGUGUCGCGUGUCGCCUGGGUCCUCAAGCAGCAGGGUGUCAAGAAGGGAGACACCGUCGCCAUCUAUCUGCCCAUGAUCCCGGAGGCUCUGGUGGCCUUCCUGGCCUGCUCCCGCAUCGGUGCUGUGCACUCGGUCGUCUUCGCUGGUUUCUCUUCCGACUCCCUCCGUGACCGUCUGCUCGACGCCCAGUCCAAGGUCAUCAUCACCACCGAUGAGGGUAAGCGUGGUGGCAAGCUGAUUGGCACCAAGAAGAUCGUCGACGAGGCCCUGAAGCACUGCCCCGACGUGAAGAACGUCCUGGUCUACAAGCGCACCGGCGCGGAUGUGCCGUGGACCAAGGGCCGGGACCUCUGGUGGCACGAGGAGGUCGAGAAGUACCCCAACUACCUGCCCCCGGAGCCCGUCAACUCGGAGGACCCUCUCUUCCUGCUCUACACCUCCGGUUCGACCGGCAAGCCCAAGGGUGUCAUGCACAGCACGGGUGGUUACCUGCUGGGCGCGGCCGCCACGGGCAAGUAUGUCUUCGACAUCCACCCCGAGGACCGCUUCUUCUGCGGUGGUGAUGUGGGCUGGAUCACCGGUCACAGCUACGUCGUCUACGCUCCGCUGUUGCUGGGCUGCUCCACCGUCGUCUUCGAGAGUACUCCCGCCUACCCCAACUUCUCCCGUUACUGGGACGUCAUCGAGAAGCACAAGGUCACCCAGUUCUACGUUGCUCCGACCGCGCUGCGUCUGCUGAAGCGUGCUGGUGACGAGCACAUCCACCACAAGAUGGAGCACCUCCGUGUGCUCGGUUCCGUCGGAGAGCCCAUCGCUGCUGAGGUCUGGAAGUGGUACUUUGAGAAGGUCGGAAAGGAAGAGUGCCACAUUGUCGACACCUACUGGCAAACCGAGACCGGUUCGCACGUGAUCACCCCUCUGGGUGGUGUGACCCCCACGAAGCCGGGAAGUGCCUCGCUGCCUUUCUUCGGUAUCGAGCCCGCCAUCAUCGACCCCGUCUCCGGCGAGGAGAUCACGGGCAACGAUGUCGAGGGUGUUCUCGCCAUCAAGCAGCCCUGGCCCAGCAUGGCCCGUACCGUCUGGGGCGCCCACAAGCGCUACAUGGACACCUACCUGAACGUGUACAAGGGCUACUACUUCACCGGAGACGGUGCUGGCCGUGACCACGACGGCUACUACUGGAUCCGUGGCCGUGUGGACGAUGUUGUUAACGUGUCGGGACACCGUCUGUCGACCGCUGAGAUUGAGGCGGCCCUGGUCGAGCACCCCCAGGUUGCGGAGGCGGCCGUCGUGGGUAUUGCCGACGAGCUGACCGGUCAGGCCGUCAACGCCUUCGUGUCGCUGAAGCCAGGCAACGAGACGACCGAGCAGGUGCGCAAGGACCUGGUCAUGCAGGUCCGUAAGUCGAUCGGACCGUUUGCUGCCCCCAAGGCCGUCUUUGUGAUCGACGACCUGCCCAAGACCCGCUCCGGUAAGAUCAUGCGCCGUGUUUUGCGCAAGAUCCUGAGCGGUGAGGAGGACAGUCUAGGUGACGUCUCGACGCUGUCCGACCCGUCUGUGGUGGACAAGAUCAUCCAGGUUGUCCACGCUGCGCGCAAGAAGUAAAGGGCAAUCUGAAAC